CGCGCCACAGAGCCGGGGAGCCUCGAAGCGCCGCGCGCGCACUUCCGAGAGCCCGAGGAAGGAGCGCCCGGCGGGCGGGGGAGGGCGGCGGGGGCGCGGCCUUGGGACUCCGCCCCGACCUCCGCGCCCGCCGCCUUUCCGCCCGCCGCCGGGUGACACGAGUCGGGGAGUUGCCGCAGCCGCCGCCUCAGAGGAGCCGAAGCCGGAGGAGCCAGAGCCGGGAGGUAGCCUGAGAGCCGCCGCCGCCGCCGUCCCCGCCGCCGCCAUGGGGAAUCGUGUCUCGCGGGACGACUUCGACUGGGUCUACACCGACGAGCCCCACGCCAGUCGGCGCCGGGAAAUUCUGGCAAAGUAUCCAGAGAUAAAGUCCUUGAUGAAACCUGAUCCCAGCUUGAUAUGGAUUAUAAUUAUGAUGGUUCUUGCCCAGUUAUUUACAUUUUACUUAGUAAAGGACUUGGACUGGAAAUGGGUCGUAUUUUGGGCAUAUACCUUUGGCAGCUGCAUUAAUCAUUCGAUGACUCUGGCUAUUCAUGAGGUCUCCCAUAAUAGUGCCUUUGGCCACAGCAAAGCUAUACGCAAUCGUUGGCUUGGAAUAUUUGCUAAUUUUCCUAUUGGUGUUCCAUAUUCAAUUUCCUUUAAGAGGUAUCACAUGGAUCAUCAUCGAUAUCUUGGAAAUGAUGGCAUUGAUGUGGAUAUUCCUACCGAUUUUGAGGGCUGGUUUUUCUGUACUACUUUCAGAAAGUUUAUGUGGGUUGUUCUUCAGCCUCUCUUUUAUGCUUUGCGACCGCUGUUCAUCAACCCCAAACCAAUUUCUUACCUGGAAAUUAUCAAUACUGUGGCCCAGAUUAGUUUUGACAUUUUAAUUUACUACUUUUGGGGAAUUAAAUCUGUAGUCUACAUGUUAUCCGCAACCUUACUUGGUCUGGGUUUGCACCCAAUUUCUGGACAUUUUAUAGCUGAACAUUACAUGUUCUUAAAGGGACAUGAAACUUACUCUUAUUAUGGGCCUCUUAAUUUACUUACCUUCAAUGUGGGUUAUCAUAAUGAACAUCAUGACUUCCCCAGCAUUCCUGGAAAAAGCCUUCCACUGGUGAGGAAAAUAGCAGCUGAAUACUAUGACAACCUACCCCACUACAAUUCCUGGAUAAAAGUUCUGUAUGAUUUUGUGACGGAUGAAACAAUAAGUCCCUAUUCAAGAAUAAAGAGGCAUCGAAAAGGGGAGGUGGUGCUGGAGUAAAUGUCAUUAAAGCCAAAGGAAUUCCUCUCCAAAACUUUAAAAUAGCUGGUUAAGUGGAAUCUUUGCAUUAUUAAACUUAAGACCAGUAUUGUGUAGAAGCUACCCUGGUAUAGUUUUAGACUAGGAUCUCCAUGGUAUUAAGCUAAUCGGCUGUAAACAGUCGGCCUGUCUCUGCAGUGUUCAGCUUUACUCACGGAAUACUUUUGUUCAAUGUAUUAUCAUUGUUUAGGAUAUUUUUGCCCUCAUCUGUCAUUUUGUAAGCAUAUCAUUAAAAAAAGCUUUUAAAAAGCUGUUUCUAAUACAUUAUUUUCACUAUAAAGUUUUACUUUAUCAAAGCAGGUAAUAAACUGACCUAUAAUCAAAAUAUG